UAAUACUACUAGCACAAAUUUUAAUUAUUUUCCUAUUAAAAUAUCUAGUAAUUUUUCUUUACAAAUAUUUACAAAAAUAUCUAGUAAUGUUUUUAUAGAAAUAUAUGAUAAUACUAUUACAAAAAUAUCUAAUAAUACUCUUAUAAAAAUAUUUAGUAAUAUUUCUACAGAAAUAUCUAAUAGUAAUACCUUUGCAGAAAUAUCUAGUUAUAAUAUUUCUGCAGAAUUACUUAAUAAAACCUUCUAA